AUGCGCAAGCCCCAGCUGCUGCUGGCCCUGCUGCUCCUGCUUUCCUGCCCAUGGGCCAAUGCCAGUAGUCUUGCAGGUCAGAUUGUGGGGGGGCGCGAGGCUCAGCCCCACUCCCACCCUUACAUGGCAUACCUGAAGACAGAGAUGUCAGCCUGCGGAGGCUUCCUGGUGGCCCCUGACUGGGUGAUGACAGCCGCACACUGCAUGGGGAAUACCACAGUCAUCCUGGGGGCUCACAACAUCCACGAACCAGAAACGACACAGCAGAUCCGGGGAGUUCUCAGAUACCACCAGCACCCUGAAUAUGACCCCAACACCGUGGCUAACGACAUCAUGCUCCUCAAGCUGACAACAAAGGCCACUCUCAAUGACUAUGUCAAGACCAUUCCACUGCCCAAGACCAACAGCGACCUCCACACGGGCACCAAGUGCAGCAUAGCCGGGUGGGGCCUGAUCGAUGACAACCAGGCGACCAACAAACUCUUUGAAGCCAAAGUCUCCAUCUACAGCCGCAGGAAAUGCAUCCGCCUCUAUCCACAUCUCAACUCUGGCAUGGUCUGCGCCGGCAGCUUCCACGAGCUCAGCGAUUCCAGCCAGGGAGAUUCUGGUGGGCCCCUGGUAUGCAAUAAGGUGGCACAAGGCAUCGUUUCCUUUGGGUAUGACACCCCACCCGGGGUCUACACCCGCAUCUCCAACUACCUGCACUGGAUCAAAAAAACCCUGAAGCAGUAG